GAAAGAGAGAGAGAAAGAAAACGUACCAAAAAGCAGCAUAACUGCCCCAAGCAACGGUGAUGCGAUUGCGUAUGAAUCGAUUGCGUUGAAAUGAGGAAUUUUUUAGUUUUUGAAUCCCUCUUGAAGCAUUUACUACAUCAUUGAUACAAAAGAAGCGAUAAACAACAAUUUAUUAAAAAAAGUAACAAACAUGUUUGGAAAACAAAUUUGACCAAACCAUGUUUGACAUAUUUUACAGAAGCCAAAACAUACGUUUUUGUAACUUGGGUAAUAACGGACCAAUCUGUCAAAUUCAAGAGUUUACUUUGUUUACAUCGCGUCCCUUGUGCGGAAUACAUGUAAAAACGGUUACAAAUGGAAUCUACUUAAUCUAAGUAGACUUUGCCGAAUGAAAAUUAGUCAAACUGAACGAAAGCUUCGCUCAAAGCACUUGUGAAAAACUAUGGAACCAUUUCAAACCAUACCUCAUCCGAUGGACGACCAACAGGAGUUGAUUAUUUUCGUGCAAAUUUUGGGCGGAAUACACUUUCAGCAAGAAAAGCAGGGACGAAAGAUAGCAUUGGUUGCAUCUUUAAAUCAGCAAGUGUUUGAAGCACUCAGUCGACGACCGGUUACCCCUGGCUCGGGAACCGCAUCCUUUAACGCCAAACUAGUUUGGCAGUGCGAUCGUCUUUCCCUUAAAUUAAUGAAAACCAAGAAUGCUCCCAUAAAAUUGGACUGCUACGAAGUACAGCCGGCAGGGGCUCGGUGUCGCAUUGGAAGUGUCGUCAUUCCAUUGCGGUCGGUUCCAGUCGUAACGCAAACACGGAUUAAGUCGCUGAAGCCUCGCUGGUACAGAUUGAUUGCGAUAGAAAAUGAACGGUGGCGUCGAAUAAAGCCAGAGCUUCAUUUACUGGUCAUGGUGACCGAUUUGCAGUAUCUGAACGAGUGCACUACCAUACGCGAUGAUCUUUCCACACCCGAUAUGAGUGGCGAUGAACAAACGAAACGCAGCGAACCAAAGCCAGAAAAGUUGCCUAGCAACGUAGAGCUACUGGAAGAUCGCGGUCUACUGCAGAUCGGUUGUAAAGAUACGGAUGUGGAUCUAUUUGUCUUCGAGAUUGUUCUUAAAUGUGCCCAACAUUUGGAUCAGCUUUGCCCCGGUAGGGAUUCGUUUCGUCUACUGUAUGAACUGUUUGGUGAACAUCACGUAUGUAUGGCCGAGCGGAUUAAAAGCGGUUCUGCGGUGUUUGACAUUAAGGCGAAAAUUAGAAUCAAUCUCCGUACCUCGAUUGAAGCAUUAGCCGAUUACUUUGAAAAAGGAUUCAAGAUUCUAAUUUCGGUGCUGUUAGACCGCGAUGAAACACUAGAACCUGGCAAAACAAAGUCCGGAAAAGCCGUCGGAAGCGUGACCGUUAAUUUCGUUGGUUUCGUAAAGAUUAGUCACUUGGAAGAUUUCAAGGCAAAUUGUUCUGGCAAUAACAACACACUGGAAACAGUUCGCAGUAUUCCAUUUGUUGCAGCAAACACGAAUUGCCAAACGGAAGAAAAAAUGAAUGAAAAGAUGAUAAUACCUUCCUUGAAGUAUAAAUUAUCAUUGCGAUAUUUGGGAAGUGAUAAACCUAUUGCCAAACAAACCGUAGAAACGUUGACCGACAGCCCUGCAACAGAAACGACUGAAGAGAAGAACUUAAACCAACAGAUUGAAGAAAAACUUACCGCUAAACGAAGCGAAUCUAAAUCCAGUGUAGAAUGUACAAUGAAACAAAUUUCAAACGAAGCACUUCCAAAUGCGAUAUCCAAACCUCCCACGCCACAAUCUAAUUGUGUGAAUAAUGAGGGGGGACAAGAACAAGUAAACAUCGAUACUAUUCUUAUGGCAUCGGAGCAAGAUUUACGCGAUAUAAGACGCACGUUUGCCUUUCGAGUGCGUGUGGGGACGGUAAAAUUCAUCUCCUGUCCAUCACCGGGUUUGUGGCAACUGGCAUUGCAACACCCGAAAGCAGACACACCGUUCACGAAAAUCACACUAGAGUUACUGCCCGACAUUGCCGUACAUGAGGAUCGCAUCGAGUUUGGCAAUGUUACGCUAGAGCUGCUCUUUUCGGCAAUUCCUGACCGAGUGAUGGAUACAAUCAGUGCCGAGCCUUCCAAGCUGACACUAAACGGUCCGCACGGUUCACACGCUUUGGCGCGACUCAACAACGAAAGUCUGCUCGUUGGUACACGUGAACGACAGCCAGCUGGGGUGUUGGUGAUGGUAAAUGAGGCUGGAGAAAAUGUGGCCAUCGCUUCAGUAAGCUGCGAUUUGAAGGAAGUCGGUUUAAACUACAACUGCCAGCUGUCUGUUGUACAGGAAACGGCGGACUGUUGUCAUAAUACGAGAAAACCUACUCACGGGACGAAACAGAAGGGUUUUGAUGAAACGAUCGCCUAUAAGCUGAUCGAGGAGCAAAAGGCAUGGAUGCAAGAGCAGCGUAAGCAGUUCAUCGAACAAUUGAAGGAAAAGGAACACAAACAUUUGCAAAAGUUGACUGAAACGUGGAAGGAACAGCAAGCGGUUGCAGAAAAACGGCUAGCCGAUCGUUUAGCGCAUGUCGAUGCGCUGGCAGCCGCUCUGGAAGAGUCUCACCGGACGAUGAAGCCGGACGUCCCACAACACUCGCCGCGCGUAAAACAAAUUGAGCAACAGUUCCGAGCGCAGUUGGAAGAGAUCCGUGCUAAAGCGAUAAGACUAGAGCAGGAAGCGGAAGCACAGAUCGAAACAACACGUCGACAAAGCAAAGAGCUGCAGCAACAGCAAAUACAGCUGAGCAACGAUCAGCAAUAUUUGGUCGAAAGUAAUCGGACACUGCGUAAUGAACUGGAGCAGGAGCGUGCUAGGCGGGCCGAGCAGGAAGCGCAGCUUGAAGAGUUAACCGCAUCAAAGCAAUAUUACAAAGAGCAAUGGGCGAAGCAAACUCGCAAGGUACAUCAACUGCAACAGGAGCUUAAUAUGGCCCGUACACCAUACUACCAACCAUCCGGCAAGGACGCAAAUAGACGAGCGGGCAAACGAACGAAUGCGGCCGGUUCUGUGUCCCAAAUGUCUAUGGUAGGAAGCGGUGCCCAUCAGGGUGCCGGAGACGGUUGUACUAUGUGCGACUGUACACAGGAUUCCGAUGACUAACGCAACGCCGGGCCAUUUUGUGACAUUCUUAAUGUAAGACUGAUUUUUAUUUGUAAUAAACCAUUCUCGUGCCUUCGCUUAUAA